GGGUAAUUUGUUGUGCUUGAGUCACGUCGUAGUUCACUAAGUAGUCUGUGCUGGAGUCGCAGAGUGACAGCGGCAGCCCACAUUAUCUAUGAUCGAACGAAUCUAUCAAGCAUUUCUUUCGAAUGUGCUUGUUUUCGCAAAUUAAUUCUUUUUUAGUUGUUUUCCACGUUAUAAUAUGAGAGUGUGGUAUUUAACAGUUUUGGAAGUGCGGUGUUGAGUGUGUGUCGUGUUUAGAAACUGCAGAAAGAUGGAGAUACCUUCAAUGGAUACUGUUUACCAGGCCAUCAGCGCCUUGUAUGAUAACCCCAAUGCAAAUGAGAAAGAAAAGGCCUCUAUUUGGCUCGGCGACAUUCAAAAAUCUAUUCAUUCGUGGAAAAUCGCCGACGAAUUGCUGCAACAAAAAAAGGAUGUGCACUCAUGUUAUUUUGCAGCUCAGACCAUGAGAUCUAAAGUCCAACACAACUUAUCAGAGUUACCCGCAGAUGCCUUAGUUUCUCUUCGAAAUUCUUUAGUAGCUCAUCUGGAAGGCAUAUCUCCUGAUACUAGUUCACCAAUUUUGACCCAACUAUGCCUUGCUCUCGCCGAUCUAGCCCUACAAAUGCCCUCCUGGCAAAAUUGCAUUAGUGACCUACUAAAAUCAUUUUCAAACAAGAACAACUUUGCUCUACUAGAAUUAUUGACUGUAAUACCUCAAGAAAUUGACUCUACUAGCUUAAAACUUGGUGAGAACCGGCGAGAAGAUAUAAAGAAUGAAUUACGAUCAAAUUCUCAAGUCGUAACUAUGUUUCUUAAAGAAAGUAUCAAUAGUUCGCAGAACACACUUGUAGCAUUGAAAAUAAUCAAAUGUAUGACAUCAUGGAUUCAAGUGAAGGCUAUAAACAUUCAGGAGGUGCCACAGAAUGCCGUGAUUGGAUUUUGUUUGCAAGUGUUGAGAGAUCACAAUUCCAUAAAUACAUUGCAUGAUGCAGCUUGCGACUGCAUAUGUGCCUUGUUGCACUGUUUAGAAGAGAAUAACAAUAAUGAUGACAUUGAGCGGUUACUAUUUGAUAGCGUAGCAGCAUUAGAGGAAAGCUAUCACAUGGCUGUAGCUCAUGAAGAAGAGGAAAAGGCUUCAAACUAUGCAAGAGUAUUUACAGAGUUGGCAGAGUCAUUUUUAGAUAAGAUAAUUAUAUGUGCAUUGAACGGAGGGACACAUUUUGCAAUGCAUUCUUUGGAAUUAACAUUAGUAUGCGUUGGACAUCAUGACUAUGAGAUAGCAGAAAUAACCUUCAACCUAUGGUACAGACUGUCAGAAGAGGUGUACCAAAGGGACUACCAACCCCUCACAGACAUGUUUAAACCACACAUAGAGAGGCUCAUAAAGGCAUUGGCCCGCCACUGCCAGUGGGAACCAGAUAUCAGUCAACUGCCUGAGGAGGGGGAUGAGUUUUAUGAAUUCCGCGUGAAGGUAAUGGAAUUAAUCAAGGACGUCGUGUUCAUCGUGGGCUCGAGCAGCGUGUUCCGGCAGAUGUUUACGGCGUUGCACGCCGACACCUCCUGGGAGCAGACGGAGGCUGCGCUCUUCGUCAUGCAGGCGGUCGCCAAGAACAUACUACCAGACGAGUACGAGUACGUGCCGAAGGUGGUGGAGGCGAUUCUGUCCAUGUCGCCGACGGCACACCUGGCCGUACGUAAGACGUGUCUAGUGCUGCUGGGCGAGCUGAGCGAGUGGAUCGAGCGCCACCCCGAAUGCGUGCCACCCGCCGUCCACCACCUCACGCUGGCGUUGCAGCAACCGCAUCUGGCGCACGCCGCCGCCCUCGCGCUGCAGAAUAUCUGCAAAGCGUGCCGCAUGCAGACGGCAUCCCACGUGCCGGUGCUGCUGCAGCUGGCUCAGCGCGCCAACGCGCUGCCGCUGCCCACAGCCGUGGCGCUGAUGCGCGCCUUGGCCUCGGCGCUGGGACGGCUGCCCGAGGAACAGCUCGCGGUGGCGAUGCGCGAAGCGGUGUCGGUGCAGCUGGUGGCCCUGCGCGAGCUGAUGGAAGCGGACAAGCCGCCCAAGAAGGGCACGGACAGCGACCCGGUGCUGUGGCUGGACCGGCUGGCGGCGCUGUUCCGCGACGUGGAGUUCCCCACCACCACGGCGUCCACCGGCCACCCGUGCGUGCCGGCGAUCAGCGACGCCUGGCCCGUGCUGCACGACGUGAUGACCAAGUUCCAGGCCGACGUGCGCGUCAUGGAGCGGGCCUGCCGCGCGCUGCGCUUCGCGCUGCGCUGCUGCGGCCGGCACCUGGCGGCGCUGCUGCCGCCGCUGGCGCGCAGCAUGGCGGCGCUGUACCAGGCGCAGGCGCACUCGUGCCUGCUGUACCUGGCCUCCAUCCUGGUGGACGAGCUGGCCGCCGUGCCGCACUGCGGGCCCGACCUCGUGGCCAUGCUGCAGGCGCUCAUGCCGCGCGCCUUCCUGCUGCUGCAGCGCGAGAACGGGCUCAAGGACAACCCCGACACCGUGGACGACCUGUUCCGGCUGUGCAUCCGGUUCCUGCAGCGCGUCCCGCUGGAGUUCCUCUCGUCGGGCGCGGUGGCGGGGGUGCUGCAGUGCGCGGCGCUGGCCGCGAGGCUGGACCACCGCGAGGCCAACUCCUCCGUCAUGAAGUUCCUCUACGACCUCACCAGGGCCGCCAACAACGCCCGCCCCGACCGGGAGCGCAUCCGCGAGCUGGCGACGGCGGUCUUGAAGGAGUACGGCGAGAGCAUCACGUACGCCCUGAUCGAGUCGUCGGUGCUGUACCUGCACUCGUACAUGCUGGCCGAGGUGGCCGAGGUGCUGCUGGAGCUGGUGUCGUGGCAGAAGGCGCACGGCGUGGACUGGGUGCGCUCGGCCGUGCAGAAGCUGCCGCAGGACAGGGCCGCUGUGGCCACGGAGCAGCAGUGCUGGCAGUUCCACCAGUACGCGGUCAGGGCAGAGAAAUGCAAAGAAAUGACUCGACUGCUGCGCGACUUUGCAAGGCUCUACCGAUAAAUAAGACAACUUUUCAAAGAACACAUUAAUCAUAAAUACAGGCCGCUUUGUAGGACGUUUCGAAAACUGGCUUCACCCUUCCGACAAGUUAUUCUGAACUCGAAUUUGCUUCAAAUAAAAUUAUAAUCGGAAAAUAAUUAACGCUAUUGGAUACAUUGAACAUUGUCAACAGAGAUGCGAUGGUCAUAUAAAAGAGAGCUUUAAUUAUUGAUUCAAUAAUUUGUAACGUGUUUAUUGAAUAAUUUGAAAUAAUUAAAUAGGCUGAAAUUCAAUAAACUUUAAGGGAUGAUUUGUCAGCAACUCUCUAUCAUAUCACUAACAGCAAACUUCUAUAAUUCUAACAUAUGCUAAACAGCCAAUAAAUCGAGACACUUCGGUGUUUAUGUUCGAAUCUGACUAUUUGCCAAUAUACAAUAACAGUAACACCACAUUAUCAUAACUUUGUGGUUUUUACGACAACCAGCCCUCCUGAACUCCUGAGUAAAUGAUAAAUCAAGCUGUUACUGCGCACACAUAUAUUGUACACAUAUAUACCGUGACAUGAUGUAAAAUUCUAGGGUCGGCAAACUAAAGCACAUAAGUCAAAAUCCAACAUAAGUCAAAUUCAUUUGUUACUUCAUAAAUUUCUAACUAACUUCCAACACUGAAAACAAUACAAAAAUAUAUAAUUACCUACCUAUAUAUUAACAAAUGAAGUACUUUUUUCACUCUUGUGCGUUAGUCGACCCUAGAAUUACAACUCGGACUCCUUGUAAUGUAUUUCAUGUUAUUACAAUAGAGCGUAUAUCCUUAUUUAUCCCAAGUCAAAAUAUCAGAAUGUCUUUAUCCUAGUAAAGACAGAAUUGCAAGUUUGCAUUUGCUGUUAUUCGUUAUGGACCUUUCGUUUUUCCUAUUCAUAUGAAGCGUAGUUCCGUUUUAUUAUAUGUACUAUUGUCCAAUCACAGUGUGAAAUAUUUCAUAGUAAGAAAUAAUUGGCGUAGUUUCGUUUUAGUUGUAGUACUAAAGUUAAUAUUAUUAAACGCUCAUAUCACGCAAUAAUUAUGUUACAGAGUGUGACUUUCGAGGGACUUGUAACAUUGGAUUAAUUUGAAAUAUUGAGGGAAUUUACAAUGCGGUGUAUCACACACGGUGUCGUACUUCGUUUCGCUCUAGCGUCGGGUUUGUUUAUGUGAAACACCGCGUUGCAUAGCACAUAUGCGUCGCAUCGCGAAAUAG